UAUGACGGUCGCAUUUGUAUUUUCGUUUUAGAUUGGAUCGGUGUAGUUUAUGGAUUAAAACCUACAAGUAUAGCGCGGGAAAUGUAUUCAAGAGGCGGUCAAAGUGGCCGACAGAAUAGCAAUGUUGGUUGCGGCGGCCGUGGAGGAUGGGGUGGAAAUGGCGGCGGUUGCAGCGGUUUUGGUCAUGGUGAUUGGGGUGAUGGUGGAAACGUUGGUAAUGGGGGAAGGUUUCGCAUAAGUGUCGGUGGUGGUGGCGGCGGUCGUGGUGGCGGAUGUGGUGGUCGUGGCAACGGAAGUAAUGGAGGAUGGUUUAGCGUAGGCGCCGGUGUUGGCGCCGGCGGUCGUGGUGUUUGGGGUGAUGGUGACAACGUUAGUAAUGGGGAAGGGUUUGAAAUAGACGCCGGUGGUGGUGGCGGACGGUUUAGCAUGGGCGCCAGUGUUGGUGGUGGUGGCAGCGUUAGCGGUCAUGGCAGUUGGGGUGGUGGUGACAACGGUGGGAAUGGGGUAAGGUUUGCAAUAGACGCCGGUGGUGGUGGUGGACGGUAUAGCAUUGGCGCCAGUGUUGGUGGUGGUGGUCAUGGCGGUUGGGUUGGUGGUGGCUACGUUGGUAAUGGAGGAUGGUUUGGCAUAAACGGCGGUGGUGGCGGUGGUGGAGGCACUGGUGGCACAGGCAAUCGUGGUGCCUCCUGGGGCGGCAGCGGAGGAGGCGCUGGAGACGGCGCAGGUCGUGAUGGCAGUUGGAAUUUCAACGCCGGAGAAGAAGACGGCGGUUAUGGGAGUUGCCCUAGGAAUACUGGCCUACCGUGAUGUAAAUUUUGUUGUUUUAAAGAACUGAGUGGCCAUACACAAUUAUAAUUGAAACAAGGAACAAGUGUAUUGAUUGUUAUACACUUUUAAAGAUCUAUUUGAAUUGUUUGUAAAUAUUAUUUGCUGGCUUGAUAAAUAAAAAUUGUUCAAAAAUAUUGAAACAAUUGCAAUUUACUGGAAACAACAAUAAUUUAUUAUUUAAAGAUAAUAACAGGCGUUUUGUUGCCUAACAAGUCUCCAAUAUAAACUCGACUUUUAUAAUUAAAAAAAAAGUGAAGGGACACCUUGACUAUAUAAAAGCAUUAUGAGUGUUAGUAUUUAAAAAAACGGUUAUAUGGUUAUUUUAAGAAUGCAUAAUAAGUAACAGUAAAAGGUUUUCAAAGCUAAAAACGAAAAUAAAUAAAUUAUAUAAACAA